CGUUAUUUCUUACUCGAUGCGUCAUAUUUAAUCUCCGGAUUUUCGAAGUUUGGCCAGGGACUCAGAUAGUUACAUGGUAAAGUCUUUUAAUACAAACAUUGAGCUUAUCGGUCAUUAAUACCAACCAGUCAGUAGUGUUGAUACACGGGUGGCCAUAAAAGAAGGCCAUAGUACGAAACAAUCUCUUUUAUUUAUCCGCGAAAUGCAGUGGAUAGAGUAACUGUGGAAAGGCGAAGCGGGAUUCAAGAUAAAGAAGAUGAGACUCAACUUUGAUGAUGUACUGCGGCACCUGGGGGAGUUUGGACGCUAUCAGAAAUGGAUGUGUUUUCUUCUCUGUCUGCCUGGACUCAGCUAUGGUGUCAGGAUGAUGAUCAGUGUGUUUCUUCUCAACGUUCCAGAACACAGGUGCGCCAUUCCCGGCUAUGACAACGACACCUACGAUGUCCAGUCUGACAGCCACGCCCACCUUAUCAACGCUACCAUCCCCUACAUCAUGAGGGACGGCAAACAGCAGCUUGAUCGUUGUCACAUCUACUCUGACAAUUAUGAUAUCACCAAUGUUAGCGCCAAUCGUGCAGUCCUCGGCUGUAAGAAGUGGGUGUAUGACAAGUCAGUGUUCGAGUUCACUGCUUCAAUGGAGUUUAGUUUUGUGUGUGACGACGCCAUACUCGCAACUCAUUGUAAGAUGAUCUACAUGUUUGGAUGCUUCUUUGGGGCUUUUGCUGCUGGAACCCUUGGAGACAAACUCGGUCGGAAGAAGGCUCUAUAUCUGUGUAUUGUGCUCCUAACUGCUGGCGGCAUCAUCCUGAACUGGUCCAGCAACUUCGUCAUGUUCGUCAUCCUCCGCUUUAUCAACGGUGCCUCAUCAACCGGGGUCUAUUCCACCUCUUUCGUAAUUGGUAUGGAGGUGGUAGGUCCCUCGAAGCGUGUCUUUACGGGGGUAUUUAUCCCAGUAUUCUUUGCCCUUGGUAUGACGAUCCUGUCGGGAGUUGCCUACUUCAUCCGAGACUGGCAUACCCUGGAGCUAGCCAUGGCGGUCCCUGUGGGCAUCUUCCUCGUAUACUGGUGGCUCAUUCCUGAAUCUCCAAGAUGGCUGAUGAACGAGUCCCGUUAUCAGGAAGCGGAAGUGAUCAUACGCCGUGCAGCGAAUGUGAACAAAGUAAAGCUACCUGACAAUUUCUUUGAACAACCAGAGAAGGCAGAAGACGAAACUAUUGACACGCCCAAGGGCAGCUUCUUUCAGCUCUUCACCACCACAGUCAUGUGUAUACGAACUCUUAUUAUAUUCUUUAACUGGAUGGUGGUCAGCAUGGUGUACUAUGGCCUGUCCCUCAACUCGGACAACCUUGGGGCAGGCAGCCUCCACCUCAACUUCCUGCUGGUGGGGCUGGUGGAAUUGCCGGCCUGUGCUCUUGUCCUGCUACUGCUCAACAGACUGGGGAGGAAGAUCUUGCACUGUGGUUCUAUGUUGCUAGGAGGAGUGUCUUGUAUCCUUACCAUCUUCACCAUCCUAUAUGCUGACCAGUCAUUACAGUGGGUCACAGUUCUGCUCGCUAUGAUCGGAAAGCUUGGGGCAGCAGCAGGCUUUGCUAUCAUCUACAUCUUCUCCUCAGAACUCUUCCCAACCGUCAUUCGCCACUCUGCAGCCGGAGCAAGUUCCUCCUUGGCCCGACUGGGAGGCAUGAUAGCACCGUAUAUAGCAGACUGGGGCAAGUUUGUUGGCGGAGACUUCGGCCGCGCCCUGCCUCUGUUGAUGUUUGGCAGUCUCUCCGUACUGGCAGGCCUGUUGGCCCUCCUCCUGCCGGAAACACUCAACAGAGACCUUCCAGAGACUAUCGAGGACGGAAUCAACUUUGGCAGACAACCCAUUCGUCUCAGAUCUACAGAUGACAAAGGUUUGGUUACAUUCUUUCAAAUAAGUAUCUUGCAUGAUGGUAGUGUUCCGAUGGACUGUUAA